AUGGCCCUGCGCCUGGACCUGCCGCUGCUGCGCGUGGGCCAGUCGGCCUGGGACGUCGUCGGGACGACGGCCGUCGUCGUCGGCGGCGCCGCGGCCUGCGCGACGGCCGUCGUCGUCGGCUACACGGCCGUGUCGCUCGUCGCGCCCGCGCUGGGCCGCGCGGCGGGCGGCGCGGCGGCGGGCUCCGGGCCCGAGUGGCUCAAGCUGCGCGCGGGCCAGGUGCGGGCGACGGCCGACGCGUUGAAGCUCGCCUGGAGCGACCUGUUCGAGGACGAGUCGCUCGUCGUGCUCGAGGACACGUGGGCGCCGUGCGUCCUGGAGGCGACGGAGGACUUUGGGGACGACGGCGCGGGCGGCGCGGCCUACACGGCGUACCGCUUCGCCCUCAAGCAGGGCGGCAAGGCCGUGCUGCCGCUGGAGCUGGGCCAGGAGGUGACCUUCGUCGGUUUGGACGGGAGGAACCGGCCGGUCCGCGCGUCGUUCCCGCUCGCGUCGAACCGGCGCGACGCGGGCGCCGUCGAGGUCGUCGUCGCCGCGCCGGGCCGGCGCCGCGCGCGGGAGGCCGUCGGCGGGCUCACGGCGGAGCAGCGCGCCGUCGUCGACGCCUUCGACGGCCUCGGCAUCGGCGGCGAGGCGGCCGUGAGGCCCGGGCGGCGCGCGUUCACGUACGAGGGGUCCUACCUGCCCAUCACGUCGCUCCAGUGCUUCGCCGAGGAGCUCGGGGCGUUGCCCGUCAUCCAGCUCCUCAAGGAGAGCCUGCCCCGGGGCCGGUCGACCAUCGCGAAGGCCCAGGUCUUCUGGAUCAACGAGGGCGAGGACGACUUCGGCCUCUACGAGGGCCUCGAGACGCUCUUCUACAAGUUCCCCAAGAAGAUGGAGCUCGCCUGCGUCGUCGACGACAAGCUCCACAGCCCGGACACGACGAAGAACGCGCCGGGCGACGCCGUCUUCCGGCGCAACGACGACCUCGCGGGCGCGGUCGCGCCGUGGCAGCCGGGCAUGCUCGCCGUCGUCGCGGGGCCCGACGCGUUCCAGGACCAGGUCGUCGCCCACCUCACGGGCGCCAAGGGCUACCCGCCGGAGUGCAUCGUCUACUUCUAG